AUGAUCAACAAGAUUGCAGAGUUGGAACAAGAGCUCAACGAGCACUCGUUGGUUAUCAAGGCAUUUGACAAAGUUGACUCAACACGACGUUGUUUCCGUAUGGUCGGAGGUGUCUUAGUCGAGCGCACAGUUGCAGAGGUGCGGCCUGCUGUAGAGAGCAACUUGGACAAAAUCCAGCAGGCCGUGAAUCAGCUGCAAGAGCAGCUAAAGAAGAAGACCGAACAAAGGACACAGUUCAUCAAGAAGUACAACCUUGCCAGCCCCCAGAAAACCCAGGUGACAGACGCCGAAGCUCCAACCAAAGGAGGAGGGAGUGUCCUUGUUUGA